AUGGAAGAUUCGUCGGCAUCUCCAGCGUCAACGGCAAGGUUAAAGAGCUCGUGCUCGUCGUCGUUCCGGUUGAGGUCACCAAGCCUUAACUCCCUCCGUCUCCGCCGCAUAUUUGACAUCUUCGACAAGAAUGGGGAUGGGAUGAUAACAGUGCAUGACCUGAGCCAGGCAUUGACCCUAUUGGGCCUCGACGCUGACUUCUCGGAGUUGGACUCCACGAUCCAGGCCCACAUCAAGUCGGGGAACGAUGGCCUUGAGUUUGAGGACUUUGUCGCCCUCCACCAAUCAUUAGAUGAUGCCCUCUUCGGCGGCGGCGGGCAGCAACAGGACCAAGACCAGGACCAGUGCGCUGAUGAGAUAUCACAAGAGGAGUCAGACCUCUCCGAGGCCUUCAAGGUGUUCGAUGAAGACGGCGAUGGCUACAUCUCGGCCCACGAGCUGCAGGUGGUGUUGCGAAAGCUGGGCUUGCCGGAGGCAACCGAGAUUGAUAGGAUCGAGCAGAUGAUUGUCUCUGUGGAUCGCAACCAGGACGGUCGGGUCGACUUCUUCGAAUUUAAAGACAUGAUGCGUUCCGUCCUCGUCCCUAAUUCUUAA